UACUUCACAUCUUCCAAUUUCUUAUAUGUUUCCUCUUCAACACUAAACUGCUUUUGAUUCUCUUCUUCUUAAGGCAUUCUUCUAUAAUGUCUAUUUUACCUCAUCACAAGUACCCAUCAAACCCCCUCAACCAUGUCCGCUCCUGCCAGUUCCACACUCGCGUGGUAUGUUUGGCUACGACCACCAAGCCCCGGCCCAAUCCCGAGCGACUAAUGGUCGAACCACGGUCAGUAACACCACCUCCAUUAGUCACACCCACCAGGCCUCCUUUGCUCGAUGACCCUAGCUUGCAAUCAACAUGGUCUCACCGAGCUUGGGUGGCAAGUGGGUGCACCACAGUGUUAAUUUCCCUAGCCAAGUCCAUAUGGGUUGCAGCCGAUUCGCAAAUCUGGUUCGAGCCCAUAUUGGCAGGCCUGGUUGGGUACAUUUUGGCUGAUCUUGGUUCAGGGGUAUAUCACUGGGGCAUUGACAAUUAUGGCGAUGAAUCAACUCCCAUUUUUGGUCCUCAAAUUGAAGCAUUCCAAGGCCAUCAUAAGUGGCCAUGGACAAUCACUAGGCGUCAGUUUGCCAACAACUUACAUGCCUUGGCUCGAGCCGUGACGUUCUCUGUAUUACCUCUAGACAUUGCUUGUAAUGACCCUGUGAUUCAUGGGUUCGUUGGGGUUUGCUCAGGUUGUAUAAUGUUCAGCCAACAAUUUCAUUCAUGGGCUCAUGGUACGAAGAGCAAGCUCCCUCCAUUAGUGGUGGCGUUGCAGGAUCUUGGCGUGCUGGUGUCGCGAUCGGAGCACGCGAUGCAUCACCGGCAGCCUUAUAACAACAAUUACUGCAUAGUGAGUGGGGUUUGGAAUGAGUUUUUGGAUGAGAAGAAGGUGUUUGAGGUGUUGGAGAUGGUGCUGUUUUUCAAGCUUGGUGUGAGACCCAGGUCAUGGAGUGAGCCUGGAUCAGAGUGGACAGAAGAAACAGAGGCCCAAUCUCAAUUUGGAUAGGAGAGUGAUGUUACUUUGGUUUGGUAAUAUUUCAUCUGUUUUCUAGCUACAAUGUUUCAAUGUGCCUGCAGGUUUGUGUAUAGAAUUCUUGGCACACCAAAAUGUUCUACUUCAAGGUAGUAUUUCAUGAUUUUAACCUACAAAUACGCAUACUUUGGU